UUCUACAAUUUUGUUGUGAAUAUAAAAUAUAGUCCCUAAUAUUUAAUGUAGUUAAGAGCCGAAUUACUACUCAAUGCGUGAUAAUUUCAUACGCAUCUUGACGACCGCCAUUUUAAUACUUCUCAAAUAUUGGAGGGGGAUCAAACAAAAUCCGCAAUCAUCCGGCUGUUGGGGUCAUCUAAAUUUUUGAAAACAUCGUAGACCUCAGGACAAGGCUUCUUUGUAAUGGCAGACACUGAUAAAUUAAAUAUAGAUAGCAUAAUAGCAAGAUUAUUAGAAGUGAGAGGAUCAAGACCAGGGAAAAAUGUACAACUGACAGAAUCAGAAAUAAGAGGACUUUGUCUCAAGUCUAGAGAAAUAUUUCUAAGUCAACCAAUUCUUUUAGAACUAGAAGCUCCUUUGAAGAUAUGUGGUGAUAUACAUGGACAGUAUUAUGAUUUACUAAGAUUGUUUGAAUAUGGCGGGUUCCCACCAGAGAGUAACUAUCUCUUCCUUGGGGAUUACGUGGACAGAGGAAAACAGUCACUGGAAACUAUAUGUCUCCUUCUGGCAUAUAAAAUCAAAUACCCUGAAAAUUUCUUCUUACUCAGAGGCAAUCAUGAAUGUGCUAGUAUAAACAGAAUCUAUGGAUUUUAUGAUGAAUGUAAACGAAGAUACAAUAUAAAGCUGUGGAAAACAUUCACCGACUGUUUCAACUGUUUACCUAUCGCUGCAAUUAUUGAUGAGAAAAUCUUCUGUUGUCAUGGAGGUCUGAGUCCAGAUUUACAAUCUAUGGAACAGAUCAGAAGAAUAAUGAGGCCUACAGAUGUACCAGAUCAGGGAUUAUUGUGUGAUUUAUUAUGGUCUGAUCCAGACAAGGAAACAAUGGGCUGGGGAGAAAAUGAUAGAGGUGUAUCAUUCACAUUUGGUUCAGAAGUUGUUGCUAAGUUUUUACAUAAACAUGACCUUGAUCUUAUAUGCAGGGCUCAUCAGGUAGUAGAAGAUGGAUAUGAAUUCUUUGCCAAACGACAGCUUGUAACUUUAUUCUCUGCUCCUAACUAUUGUGGUGAAUUUGAUAAUGCAGGAGCAAUGAUGAGUGUUGAUGAAACUCUAAUGUGCUCAUUCCAGAUUUUGAAACCAGCCGAUAAGAAGAAAUUUCCUUAUGGUGGAUUAAAUGCCGGCCGUCCAGUUACACCACCAAGAGGACAGGUCAAAAGUAAAGGGAAAGUGUAAUACAUUCAAUAAGAUAUGGAUAAUAAAAAACAGUGCUAAAUCACUGUGAACAUUUUAAUUCAGUGGAAACUUUGUUGGAGAUCUCGAUGGAAAUUAUUUCAGAGGUCAAAUUUUUAAAUAUUUCGUGAGUUUGAAAGCUCAUUUACAUUAAAGUUCUUUAGGCCAAAGGCAAAUAAAUUGUGUGUAUGUGUGUGAGCUCCAUAUUGAAUGAUUGCCACUUUAAUUUACAGUGAACAAUGUUGAACCAGUCAAUUCUAAUUGCAGUUAUAAAGUAACUUUGAGCUACAAAUUCUUAUAUCGUAAUCGAUUCAUUUGUCAUAUAAAUUUGUUAAGGAAAUUGUAACCCAAAGUUAAUUCUCAUGAAGUGAUUGUGAUCUGAUUUGUACAUUCUUUUUUUGUGUCCAAAUAUUUAUUGAAAGCAUUUGAUGUACAGUGUAAUAUAUAUGUCAUAUAUUGUAAAUCUACAAAUUCUGAAAUUAUGUGUUAAAUUACAUUAAAAUUAUAUAUUGUAAGAAAUAGUGUUUGGUUAUAAAAACAUGCCUGUAAAAUUGUUGUAAAUUUGAUUUUUACAAAGUAAGUAAACUUUUGGUAAGCAACAGGUGUUUUAAAGAUUUAUAUAAUCUAGAUUAAGAAAUGGGUAAAGGGAGGUAAUUCAAUAUUUUUCAGACGUCAAGAUGUAAAUAUUUUGUGUCCAUGUCCUGUGUAUAUAAUUUUACGUGUAAAUAUAUUUCUCUGAGAUUAAAACAGAAGAAAUGUAGAAUAUAUCCUUCCCCCUCCAAUCUUAAUGAUGAUAAUUUUGUACAUUUCUUCUGUUAAACUUCUAUAUUUAGCAACUGUAAUAUCUCAAAUAUAAAUUGUGAACAUAAUUUCAAUAUUUUGAUCCUGUUCAAUUUAUUGAUUUGAUUUUGCUCUUCCUGACCUAAUAAAAAAAAUCUGAAACCUGAAUUCAAUUAUUUAAACUGAAAUAUGUAUUUGUUUACUAUAAUCAUACUUAAUUCACAGCAUAAAGUAGCAUUUAAUCUUAAUGGCUGUUUUUCUUUAAUUUAUAAGAAAGUGGUAUCAUAGAAAUGGGAUUAUGAAAAAAAAAGUUGUGAAAUGUUAAAAGGAAUUCACAGGGUUCAAAAGAAUAGAAAAAAAUACAGUUUGUUACAUUUUGCCUCUACAAAUUGGAAUUUAAUGGUAAAGUCUUAUCUAUUCACCUCAUUUUUCAAAGGCUUAUAAUAUUUGAUAAUUUAAUGGUAAUAGUAUGUAAGAAAAUAUCUUUUUAUACUUUUUAUAAUUUGCUUGCAAGCAAAGGUACAUGUAUCUGUGGUAACAGUAAAUGACAGGUACAAGAAACAUAAUAAUGAUGAUCAAAUUAUGUUGAAUAUGAUAAAAUUAAGAAAAAUAAACGGAAUAUCGAAUUAUUAAAAAUAUCAUGUAUCAUCUAUACACAAGUGCUAAGAGUGUAUGAAGAUUGCUUAUAACUGUAUAAUGUUUAUUUUAAAUCUUAAAAAGUUAAAAUAUUAUAACAUUCUUGUCUGAUCAAAUUUCUAGCUUCAUCCUAAUACUAUUUUUGAACUACCAUUAGACGACCCUUUAUUUAGGCGAUUUAAGUUUAAGAGGUUGUCCUGUACUAUUUUUUAUUGGAAAUUCUCAUUAGAAAUCUGUGGAUAGUAAGAAAUAGUACAGGAUUUAUUUCAUUUAGUGUUUCAUAGAGUUUGUCAUGGUAGAUUCUUCUGUAAUGAAUGUCUGUAAUUCAUAAUGGCACCAUUUUUUGUGGCAUACAAAGUACAAGUUAUACUUAGAGAAUUUUAAAAAGAAAAAAAACCAGUUUAUUUCUUCGCAUGUCAAAACUUGCAUCGGUGUGGUAAAAUUUCAUCUGCUUUCCAAAAAAUUCAUCAAGACGUCAUAAAUUAGAAAGUUGUGAUUUGAUUGACUUUACUUAGCUUAUAUUAAGAUAUAAAGUAUUCCUUCAUUACAAAUUGCUUUCUUUCAGGUGUAAUAUGCAUUCCUAAAUUCUUAGACUGUUGCAUAACAAUGUUACUUGUUGGUUCCUACUUUAUUACACUUGAGGUCAUUGAUUGUGUGUAGAUUUUAAUCUUUGGUGUUCUGACUGUUACCUGUUUUAAUUUCAAAAACUUGCUAUCCUGUCAUUGCCUUUGUUUAAAUGAAAUAUAGUUUUUGUCAUGUACAUGUAGAUGCUAUUGUGUAUAGAUACAAAUAAAUUUUGUAAAAAAAAAUUA